AUGAAAGGACUAACAUUCUGUGUUUUGGCUGUCAUUAUGUUCAUUUAUGUUCAAGGUGAGGAAGAAGAGACGCUGGAGCAGGUGGUGGAGGCGGCAGGGUUUAUAGAGGAGGAGGAACUGCUGCAGUGUUUCCGUUGUGACCUGGGAUUUUGGGACGCAUGCUACACCACGGAAACCAACUGCAGCCUCGGGGAACGAUGCUUCACAGGCCGCGGGAAGGCAGUUGACUCCUUGGAUGUCAAGACACUAGGCUGUGUGAAACUGGAGGAGUGUAAUGUGGAGACCACCGUAGAAUUCUUCAACAACACCAUUUUUGUCAUGACCAAACACUGUUGUGACACCCCCUUCUGUAACAUUGCAUUCAAACCUAAGGUUGACACGCUUUUAUGCAUCACUGUCGCGUUCCUGAUAUCCUGGUGCACUGUAGUUGAACCAACACAUUGA